GACGUCCUUUCAAGUUUUAAACUUGCUUUGCUGAGCUCUUUCAUAAUCUUUUUACUAACUUCUUCAAUCUCUCAUAUAAAUGGCUCAUCUCUCUGAUUCAUCAGCUAAAACAGAGGAAGAGGCAGUGAUCAUUACCAGGUUCCAAAACUAUCUCCGAAUCAACACAGUACAGCCGACUCCUGAUUACAUCGCAGCUGCAAGAUUCAUAAUCUCCGAGGCCAAAUCAAUCUCUCUCGAAACUCAACCAAUCGAGCUCGUUCUAGGAAAGCCUAUAGUUCUACUGAAAUGGAUUGGUUCAGAUCCUUCUCUACCUGCCAUUCUCUUGAACUCUCACGUCGACGUCGUCGCCUUUGAGGAAGAGAAGUGGGAUCAUCCUCCGCUCGGAGCAGAGAUCGACGAACAAGGGAGAAUCUACGCAAGAGGAACUCAGGAUAUGAAGAGCGUUGGGAUGCAGUACAUAGAAGCCAUUCGUAAGCUCAAAGCCUCUGGAUUUCAGCCCGUUCGUUCUGUUUACGUCACGUUCGUUCCCGAUGAAGAGAUCGGUGGCACUGAUGGGGUUGGCAAGUUCGUGGAGUCGGACACCUUCAAGAGCUUGAACAUUGCCAUCGUGCUAGACGAAGGCCUACCAUCUCCGACUGAGAGCUACAAGGUGUUUAAGGGAGAGAGGAUUCCGUGGUGGAUUCAGAUAAAAGCUGUAGGACAACCUGGCCAUGGCUCAAAGCUCUAUGAUGAUUCAGCCAUGGAGAAUCUCACUAAAAGCAUUGACAGUGUAAUGAGAUUCAGAGCUUCUCAGUUUGAUCAGAUCAAAGCUGGUUUAAAAGCUGAAGGCGAUGUCGUCUCUGUCAACAUGGUUUUCCUCAAAUCUGGCACUCCUUCUCCUGAUGGCUUUGUUAUGAAUCUGCAACCAUCUGAGGCGGAAGCUGGUUUCGACAUGCGUGUCCCACCUGUUGUUGAUUCUGUUGCGCUAGAAAAACGUUUGGUGGAGGAAUGGGCACCUAUUUCCCGGAACAUGUCCUUUGAACUUUGGCGGUUCAAUCAGGAUAUUGAAGAGAAGCACUUGGUUACAGCAAAAGAUGAUUCAAAUCCAUGGUUGGAGCUCUUAGGAAAUGCUGUGAAAGAAGCUGGAGGGAAGACUAGUGAGCCUGAGAUUUUCCCUGCAUCAACUGAUUCGCGGUAUUUCCGAAGAGCAGGCUUGCCUGCGAUUGGGUUCUCUCCUAUAUCAAACACCCCGAGUUUGCUUCAUGAUCACAACGAGUAUCUGAGUCAAUACGAGUACUUGAAGGGAAUCGAUAUGUAUGUCUCAAUCCUCAAGGCUUACACAUCAUAUGCUUCACCUGAAUGAGAGUGUUAAGAGAUGAGCUACAAGAGUCUGUGUUCCACACAACGGUUCCCUCUUUACUCAGCACACUUGGUGCUACAUCAUCAAUACUAAUAAAACUCAGUAUGCUACCACCUGAAUUCUGAAGUAAUAAAACUUGCAUUUGUAUGUUAUCACUAUCAUAAUAAAGAGUUUUCAGAAACAGCUUUGCAGAAAACUUCUUCUUCUUGUUACUUUGUUUUUCUUAACCAUCCGAAUGCAAGCAGU